UAACAAACUGAAACUGGGGCAGAUUGUUGACGUUAUGAGAAAAUAAUUCCCUGUAAGCACAAUGUUACUGAAUAUUUUUUCGUUUCGUGAGUGAAAUAGUGCCUAACAUACAGUAUUUACUACAAUGAAGACUGAAAACCUAGACUGCUUCCUCAAUAUCUUCCAGUUUUUCACCUCUCGUUAAGUUAAGUAGAAAAAGCCAAUCACUCUUGCUGAUGAAAUGAAUGAUGUUCCUGUCAAACCUAGAAGAAAAAAAGUGGAUGUUCCAGUACAUUAUGGAAGCGGAGACCAGAAAAAGUCGUUUUCCGCCAAUUUCCAUUCAGGCAACUACUGCAGAGGUAGGGAUCACGAACCGAUACACACCGAGAUCGUUGUUGAAAUUCCAGAAUCAGACAAAAGCGCCAAGAGCAGCAGAAGACAUCUCGCCAAAGAGAACGCAAGACUGGAACAGGAAAACAAAGAAUUGUUCAUGAAAUUCCACGAGUUGGAAGAUCUAUCCGUGAGAAAAAUAUGUAAACUGAGGGAAAAAACUGGCUCUCUUCAAAGCCUGAACGCCAGUUUGGAGAAAGAAAACAACGAAUUGAAGGCUCUGUAUCAAAAUUUACUGUUUAAGUUCAAUGAUGUCAAUGACCAGCUGGAGGCCUCAAAGUUCUGCAAAUCUUGCGAAGAUCUUAAAAUAACCGUUGAAAAGUACAGUGCUGAUAAUAGUUUUUUGAGGACAGGCAACAAAGAAUUGGCGGAGGAUCUUGAUAUGCUCAAAACAGUUGUUUACAGACUUAAUGUCCAGCUGGAAAGGUAUCAAGAAGUACUUAGAAGAAAUAAAAUAAAUAUUCCUUCACCACCACAAGCAGAUGGUAUUCAAAAAAGAGAUACCUUGUAUACUUCCUGGGAUGAUAUCAGCAAAGAAAUAUUAUCAGAUGUGCACAGAAACCACAAACACACACCUAUAUCUUGGGGUAGCGUGAAUAAACAUACUUUAGGCCCCCUUCUGGACGCCUAUGAAGACACGAUCAAAGAGAAGGAAGAAAUCAUUCAGAACUACGAACGGGAAAUGUACAAGUUCACAGGAAAACUCCGGGAAAUCAUCAAGGAGAACGAAUCGCUCUUCUCAAGGCUUACCGAAGACGAAGGAUGCAGCUCGAAACUAAAAAGCGAAGUAACAAAGCUCAAAGUCGAGCUCAAGUCGACUAGAGAGCAAAACGACGUGCUUAUCAAAAAGUGUUCAAUCAAGCAGGAUAAAGUGGAGGAGAUACUGAAGGUGUACGAAGCUAAAGUCGAACAGAUGAGGAGAGAUUUUGAAGUACUACAUGGGGAGUUCAUCAAAUGCAGGGCAGAAAAUGCUGCUUUGAAAGAAAAGGCCAAGUCACUGGUGGAUUCGCAAGAAGAUUACAAGAGCCAAAUGCAGAAUUUUAUACCGUUGGCUGUACAUACGUCAAGCGUAAACGAAUGCAAAAAAUGGUACGAGGAAUUGAAACUUCAGUAUGAGAAUGAGAAGGACAAGUUAUUGAAAAAUAUAGAAUCUCAAACGAGGACAAUCGAAGAAUUGAACAAGGAAAUAAUCAAACUCCGGAAUACGAAAGAUAGUUCAGAAGCUAAAGUUGUUCAGCUGGAUAAACAUAUCAA